AUCAAAGCUGGGGGGUGUCUAUAAGUGUUUCAACAAAAGUAUCAUCAUGCCGUUAAAUUCUUGGAUUAGAGUUAGGUAACAUAACCAUGUUAGCUAUAAUAUUAAUGUGUAUUGUAUUGUCUUGAAUUUAAAUAUUAAUUGCGCAUUUAAACAAUCAUUUACUUCCCUAGACAUACUUGGACAAAAUUAAUAUUGGACUCGUCCAAAGAUGGCCGCGAUAUCUGUCAACGAGAAGUAAAACUUUCCUUUAAGAAUAGGCAUAUACACCGUAAAAAAAGACUUGUUUGUGCUGUUUUGUUCAAUUUGACAUCGGUGCUGUUUUGCUAGACAUAUAUUAUCAUCUGGUUUCGAGUUGUCCUUCCGUUUGACGCUGUUUUUUGAGGAUCAGGAACCCGCCUUACACAACUGCCUUCCUUUAAGUGUGCUAGCUGUGCGCUAACCGCGGGGAGAUUCCGCUCUCCGGCAAUAAUCUCGCGCACAUAUUCCCGGUCUGCCACGUUAAAUAAAACGCUAACCUCACAUUGAUACCACCGCGUGCGUGUUUCUCACAGAAAACCGGUUUUAACGUUGAAGUCGCCAGCGGGCUGUUUGUCAGUCUCGGCGCUUCCGUAUACAUCUCCACGUCACUCGCUUCCAGUUAAGUUUGAUGUUUUUCCAUGAGCAGCGUGCGGAGAGGACUUUGAUUUGCUUGUGCCUUCUGUCCUAGCAAAUCAAUGGAGAAGCUUCAAGAUCUCAGUCAGUCCGAGUUGCAGGAUUUGCUGGACAACUCGGAGCGGGUGGAGUCUAUGGCAUUGGAAUCUGAUGAGAUUCAGAAUAUUCAGCUGGAAAGGGAAAUGGCCCUGGCUGCCAACCGAAGUCUGGCAGAGCAAAACCUUGACAUGAAGCCCCGCCUUGAGACAGAGAGAUCACGGCUGGUGGAGAAAUACACUGAACUUGAGGCAGUGAGAGAGAAAUAUAAACAGCACUGUGUCCUGAGAGACAGUAUAAUGGGGCAGGUGUCUCCAGAGGCGCUAUUGUCUCGUCUGCAGAUAGAGGGCGACAACACAGAGGAAGAAUCAGAGACUCUAGCAAAUGAGUUUCUGGAAGGUUCGAUAACAUUGGACUCUUUCCUCGAACGCUUUCUUUCCCUCCGUUCCCUCACUCACACGAGACGGAUACGUAUUGAAAAGCUGCAAGAAAUUCUCAGCCAAAAAAGCAAAGGGAUAAGUGAUGCUGCAAUGACAUCACAACCCUGUGCCAAUCAGGAUGCUGGAUCAUCAUCAUCAUCAUCAUCAUGGCAACAACAGCAGCCUCAGCAGCAACAGAGCUCCAAAAUGAAUCCGCCCUCCAAUGCCUCCAGUUCUGCUCUUCCUUACAGCCCCUACCCUGUCGCACCACCCCCCAACCACCCCCCUUCAGCCACUGCAGCAGGCCCCAACAACUCUAGCACAGCAUUCCAGCCCUACCCCAGCCAAGGUGCCCCUUACCCUGCAGCAACGGGCUACCCCGCCCCCGGGCCCGCUCUUGGCCCUCCUGUUUGCCCAUACCCCACGCAGCCCACCCAGUUUCCUGGGCCACCGUUUGGGCAGUUCGCACCCGCGCCUGCCCCGUUCCCACGUCCAUACGCAUAUGGAGGGUAUGCCUACCCCACAGGCCCUCAUGGGCCAUCAACCCAGUCACCAACAGGUAGACCUCUUUAUAGGCCAGGUUUCGGGGUACCACAACAAUACUCCUGAGCCAUUCUACGUACGUCCCUGUCUCUACUUUUCAUUUUUCUCCCUCUCGUCUCCUUUGCCCCUCUCCUCCUCUUGCGCUGCCUUUUCCGUACCCUCAGAUUUGUGGUUUGUGUACCCAUGUCACAUCCUGUUCCUGUCUGAGGCUUAUAAAGAACACUUGAGAUUGGGUAAGCGUGUGCUUGUUCCCCCCAAUGAAACCUUAAUGAAAGACUCAGUCAGAGACUCUGUAUGGUUUUGAUGGCUCAAUUUUAAAGCAUGUAUUUCAAACCAUCUCGGCGUCGCUGACGCAGUUAUAUUUGAUGAUUAAAUGCAUUGUUUUUUGAGAAAA